AUGGCGUCAGUACCAGACGGUCCUUCGAGUAAUUUGGUCUCAAAGCAGAUAUAUGAUGGAUUCCAAACAGGCAAAGAAUGUCCCGCAGAGACAGCGCGGCCGGGGGAAUUCAGUCAAGUGAAAAUAGGAGUGGAGGGACUGUUGGGAGGACGCACGAACAUUCCGAAGGCUGAUGCCAAUAAAAUUGUGAAGAACUAUUGUGACGCAUGUGGGGGGAUAAACAGAACAGAGAGAGGCCACUACUAUGAACCGUGCUAUUUGUUCUAUUAUUGGUUAGGUGAUAAAAUAAGGGGAAAUUUGCUCGAGAAUCAUUCACUUAAGACGGUAAUGGAUGCAAUUUAUCAACAACUGGAGAAAUUUCCGUGCACUAAUAAUUGCACUAAAAUAUACCGUGCUACCAGUGAUACCCUCUUUGGCGGAAGUAAAAAAAUGUUUGAGUUCGGUUAUAACUAUGAAGCAUUCAAGAAGUGGAAGAAAAGUGAACCAAACGCCUGUUGGAAAGAAUAUGAAACACACUGGAAGGAAGCUAAAACAGCAUAUGAAAGUAUGAAUACUCACUGUGAAAGUGACGCAACUUGUAAGGCAUUUAAGAGUAAAUAUGACACAUAUUUUAAGAAUGGAGAAAAACCAACAUUACCAUGUGCAGCAAUGUCUAAAGAAGUAGUCGCAUCAGAAGACCAAUCUGACGGAGACGACGAAGACGAGGACGAUGAUGAUGAGGGGGACGACCACCUCGACUUCCUCAACGAAGACGACGAGGAGGAGGGGAAUCCAUCUUUGGAUCAAUUACCCUCAAGAGCAAUGUACUAUAAAAGAUUCUAUGGAGGGUUGAAUCUAUGUAAUGUGAGGGAUUCAUGGCCCGGAGUGGUGAAAGUUAAAUUAGACGAACAUCAGGAUGUUAGGAGCUAUACAGAAAAAAUUGUUGAGGGAUUGUGUUAUGUGGAUAAAAUGAAGGAGACGGGCACCCCCCCGAACUACAAUAAAGAGUAUUGCGACUUUUUCUAUUUUUGGGUGGGAAAUAUGUUAUUGAACAAAUUUGAGGAUAGGGAAUCAUUCCGUAAAGCGAUGAAGGCAGUUAAAGAUGCUAUGCAAAGUAGCUACACUAACCAUAAUUGCUCCUUCCGGUUCCCAACAAGGAGUAGGAAAUAUUUCAAACACUCGAAAUAUUUGUUUGAUUAUUACAAGGACAAAGAUGUUAUAAAUAGCAGUGUGGACAGUGGGGAGAAGAAUUGUGAUAAGGUGUAUUAUAGGUACUUACAGAAAGCUAUUUCUGCUUAUAAAUAUAUGGACAAAAAGUGUCCGGGGAAAAAGAAGAAUUAUUGGUGUGAUGAAUUUAAAAUAAUGUAUGAAAAAUGUAAGGGUGGACAGAACGGGGGUCUAGAGUGUAAAGUGACAAGUGAACCGGAACAAUCAUGUAAAGACUGGUCCAAACUUGAAGCAGGAGCACCCUUCCCUGACGAAAUUUACCCCGGAAGUAACAGCACUAUUACUGUUGUUGCCUCUUCUGCACUCGCCGUGCUGGGAACAGCAUUCAUAACUCUCUUCCUUUACAAGGUAAAUGCAGUUACAGUAGAAAUAUGA